GUAACCAAACGUGUAACAGCGUGUAUCCAGCCUCUCUGGAUGUAUUCAAUUCUAUACUCCUUACAUCAGAGGCAGCCAUUAUGUACAUCGCCCCCUCAAUAUGCCGCACAGUCCUGUCACGCAAUAUGAAGGGAAUGAAGCAGCGCUCAAUUUAAAGCGACACGAUCCCCACACUGCCACUCAAUGAGCAGAUAUGAUGGCUGCUAAUAAGAUAUAGGGAAUAAGUCAUGCUGUAGAUAGGACUAUACAUUAGCAGGCGGUUGCGUCAGAAACAACUAACACUCAUGUGCGACGUGACUCACGCCUUUGCCUUCUCCGGACACUGAACAGUUAAAGGACAGGCUGCUCUGACGUCACUGGGGGCUUGGCGGAGGGGCGGGUUAUCACUCGCUGAAUGGGGCACAUUGUAUGCACAGUGACACAAAAAAGCCGGCAGUGCUGAGAGAUACGCGCCACCAGAGACAGACUGACUGACUGACUGACUGACACACACACAGGGGCAAGAGAGAACCAGCGAGCCGGCCUGAGAGUUCCUGGAAGAGAAGGUCCCUAGGCUGAAGAGACAUGAUAGCCUCCCACUUGCUGGCAUAUUUCUUCACUGAGCUCCACCAUGACCAAGUUCAGAAGGUGGACAAGUACCUAUACCACAUGCGUUUGUCUGAUGAGACACUCUUGGAAGUGUCCAGCCGAUUUGAGAAGCAAAUGGAGAAAGGGCUCGGGGAAGAGACCAGCCCCACCGCCUGCGUGAAGAUGCUGCCCACAUUUGUACGAUCCACCCCAGAUGGGACAGAAAAUGGAGACUUUUUGGCCCUGGAUCUUGGAGGGACGAAUUUCCGUGUGCUGCGGGUGAAAGUGUCUGAUAAUGGAAUGAAGAAAGUGGAGAUGGAGAACCAGAUAUAUGCUAUCCCAGCAGAGCUCAUGCGAGGCAGCGGAGAACAGCUUUUUGACCACAUUGUAGAAUGCUUGGCCAGCUUCAUGGAGAAGUUGAACAUCAAGGACAAGAAACUGCCUUUGGGAUUCACUUUUUCCUUCCCCUGUCACCAGACCAAACUGGAUGAGAGUAUUCUAGUGAACUGGACAAAAGGAUUUAAAGCCUGCGGAGUUGAAGGAAAAGAUGUGGUCACCCUUUUACGGAAGGCAAUCAAGAAAAGAGGAGAUUUUGAGAUUGAUAUUGUAGCAGUGGUUAAUGAUACUGUAGGAACCAUGAUGACUUGUGGAUAUGAUGACCACAACUGUGAGAUUGGACUCAUUGUUGGUACGGGGACCAAUGCAUGUUACAUGGAAGACAUGCGCCACAUCGAUCUAGUGGAGGGUGACGAAGGACGGAUGUGCAUUAACAUGGAGUGGGGAGCUUUUGGGGAUGAUGGCUCUUUGGAUGAAAUCAGGACACAGUUUGAUAGGGAAAUCGACAUGGGAUCUUUGAACCCAGGGAAACAAUUGUAUGAGAAGAUGAUCAGUGGAAUGUAUAUGGGGGAGCUGGUCAGGCUUAUCCUUGUGAAAAUGGCCAAAGAAGACCUGUUGUUUGAAGGCAGAAUCACAGCUGAUCUCCUGACCCGUGGCCACUUUGAAACCCGCUAUGUUUCAGAAAUUGAAAAGGACAAAGAAGGGAUCAAAAAAGCACAUGAGAUCCUGACCAAACUUGGCUUGGAGCCAUCACAUGAGGACUCUGUUGCCACACACCGCAUCUGUCAGAUUGUGUCAACCCGUUCUGCCAGUCUGUGUGCUGCCACUCUUGGUGCCGUACUACGGAGAAUCCGGGAAAACAAGGGUGUGGAAAGGCUGAAAUCCACAGUGGGAGUUGAUGGAUCUGUCUACAAAAACCAUCCUCACUUUGCUAGACGUCUACAGAAGACUGUCCGCCGCCUGGUGCCAGAAUGCGAUGUUCGAUUCAUUCGGUCAGAGGAUGGAAGUGGGAAAGGAGCAGCUAUGGUGACAGCUGUGGCCUAUAGACUGGCUGACCAACAGCACGAACGGGAGAAGACCCUGGAGGCCUUCAAUCUCAGCAUGGAGCAGCUCCUGGAAGUCAAGAAGAUAAUGAGGCAAGAGAUGGACAGAGGGCUGAAAAAGGAAAGUCAUGAAGAGGCAACAGUCAAGAUGUUACCCACAUACGUGCGCUCAACCCCUGAUGGCACAGAGAAGGGAGAGUUCCUGGCACUGGACCUGGGAGGCACCAAUUUCCGCGUGCUGCUGGUUCGUGUUAAGAAUGGGAGACGAGGAGUUGAAAUGCACAAUAAAAUCUACACAAUUCCCCAGGACGCGAUGGUGGGAACAGGCGAAGAGCUCUUCGACCACAUUGUUCAUUGCAUCGCAGAUUUUCUGGAGUACAUGGGCAUGAAAGGAGUCUCCCUACCCCUUGGAUUCACCUUUUCUUUUCCUUGCCACCAGAACAGUCUGAAUGAGGGAAUUCUUCUCAAGUGGACAAAAGGCUUUAAGGCAACUGGAUGUGAAGGAGAAGAUGUUGUACAUUUGCUGAAGGAAGCCAUCCAUAGGCACGAGGAGUUUGAUCUGGAUGUAGUGGCUGUUGUGAAUGACACAGUGGGCACCAUGAUGACCUGUGGCUAUGAGGACCCUCACUGCGAGAUGGGGCUUAUUGUAGGAACUGGCAGCAACGCCUGCUACAUGGAGGAGAUGAGAAACGUGGAGCUGGUGGAAGGGGAGGAGGGCAGAAUGUGCAUUAAUAUGGAGUGGGGAGCGUUCGGGGACAAUGACUGCCUGGAGGCAUUUCGCACAGAUUUCGACAGAUCUGUGGAUGAACUUUCCCUGAACCCCGGAAAGCAGAGGUAUGAGAAGAUGAUCAGCGGCAUGUACUUGGGGGAGAUCGUCAGAAACAUCUUGAUAGAUUUCACCAAAAGGGGGCUUCUUUUCCGAGGGAAGAUUUCAGAGAGACUCAAGACCAGGGGCAUCUUUGAAACCAAGUUCUUAUCACAGAUAGAGAGUGAUCGCCUGGCUCUGCUGCAGGUCCGCUCUAUCCUACAGCACCUUGGCUUAAACAGCACCUGCGACGAUAGUAUUAUUGUGAAAGAAGUAUGCACGGUGGUGGCCAGGAGAGCUGCUCAGCUGUGUGGAGCUGGAGUGGCAGCAGUGGUGGAUAAGAUCAGGGAGAAUCGAGGCCUGGAGACCCUAAAGGUCACAGUUGGAGUGGAUGGGACUCUCUACAAACUUCACCCACACUUUUCUUCCAUCAUGCACCAGAUCGUGAAAGAUCUAUCUCCGAAAUGCCAAGUGUCAUUUUUACAGUCAGAAGACGGCAGUGGGAAAGGAGCAGCUCUGAUCACCGCUGUAGCGUGCAGAAUCCGGGAAGCGGGUGAGCGCUAGGAUGGAGGGGGAGACAUGCUCAUUCCUACACACAGACUUCCUGCAGCCUCCAUCCUUCAUCUUCCUUAGCAUCAUGUGGUCUCCGAACUGCACCAACUGAGACGCCUUCCUGGGAAAUGCACAAAAAAGGGGCUGCCAAUGAGCUUCCACACAUUCAUCUGACUUUUUUAUUUAGCUGAUAACUGCACUAUGCGGAAUGAAAUUCUAGUUAGCUGCAUUACUACAGAUUUCGAUUUAAACAUUUUGGCUGGUAGGAGAGGGUUACAGAGGCCCAGUGGGGCCACAUAGUAUGAAAGCUUUUCCAAUAUGCCUAAAUAGCAGUGGGCUGCAAUAGCCAAAGAGAAAUUGGACACCUAGUUGGUUUACCUUUGGUGUAAACAGUUCAUUUCAGAAACUCUUUGCAGUCCAUUCAUUGUAGAAUGAGUCGCCAUUUGUAAAAGCGAUAAAUUAACCAUGAAUUUGCCAUUUGCUGCUGCUGUUACGUGAGAAGUCCAGCGCCGGCCUAUGUUGCACAUUUGAUUAGGACAAAUUAAAGAUGCGAAUGGAGAAAAGUCUAUGGCACGAGUAGAACCUGCUGUUCGAUUCUGAUAAGGAGUGUUUUAUGUGUAACGUGAAAGUACCUAUAUUUAUAGAAAAUGAACAGUUUAUUUAUUUUUUUCUACCGCAGUUAAUAAUUAAUGAUAUGUUAUGACUCAUAUGUAUUUUUCUACCUUGCAGGUACCUGUAUAGAGAGGCCUGAAAGAUGCCUUAGCUAUUAAAAUACCAUUUUACUCGUAGUUAUGCACACCAGGGAUCUUUAGCCAGCUGUUUCUAAACUACAUUUCCAUAAAAGGGGAUUCUGGGAUUUGCAGUUGAAAUACCAUAGAUGGAUUUCCUAGCGAUAGGAAUUUUUACAAACAUUCUCUUUUGGGCAUGUGUUGUAAAGCAAUACUACACAUUUCUUUAGCAAGGACACAGGGUUAUCCCUGUGCUUCCAAACAGCAGCUCUUUCCAGAUACAAACAGAUUUGACUGUAUUCAAUGUUAAUGGAGCAAGAGAUCUUUGUGGGUCUACAUGAAAGCCUUUGUCUUCCAACACAGGACAGAUAAACAUUUUCUAAGGCAGCACCAAGCCCCUGUUUGUGAGAUGGAAUUCUAGGAGCCUGGCGAGAAUUAGAGUAGUAUCACUUUAAGCUUCUGUAUUCUAUUUAGAUUAAGUUUAUAUGCUUAGGUUACAUUCUGGAAUACCUCAUAACUCAUUCCUUGCUGCUUAUAAGGAGAAUGCUUCCAAAACAUCAUCAGUAUAUAGUUAAAUCCCAUGAUGGAACCAAAUAUUGGCACAUAAGAUAUAGAGGAAACACUCGAUUACUUAUAUACGGUACAAUGUGUCUACUUACACUUCUAUUAUAGACAUUUUGUGUGUCUUGAAGAUGUUGCAAUUAAAAGCGAAAACAAAUAUAUAUAAAUAAAACUAAAGGAGCUAAAAUUGUAUUAAAAUGUACAGCUCUUCGAUGGUAACUCGAAUGGAGGUCCUGUGUGUCCCAUAAAAUUUAUGGGGGGAAAUGCAAUAACAGGUGCAACACUUGCUUUAGUUCUAGAAGCCAUAUCAACCAAUCAGCAGGUAGUAUAUUCAUAUUUGAAAGCAAAUAUUGCAUUCAUUUUUGUAGGUUAUUAGACCUGGGGUAAGUGAGUGCCUGCUAUUACACUGACCCAGUAGACACAUAUAUGAGUAUAGCCGCCAUGUUCUGGCAUCUUUGGGUCCAUACGAGAAGAAGACUAACAUCAAACCCUGUAGUUCUGCAACUUAACGCGGUUGGGUUUAUGUUUAUUGUUAGUGUUUAAUGUAGGACGUUAGGAAUCUCUAUGCCAUGUCUUACCAAUACAAGUAGUCUGUUUCAUGUACAGAGUCAAGAGUCGCUUGUUUAUUUAUAUUUGCUAUGUUAUUGGAUUUCUUUACUUGUAAUUUAAUAAAUUUGCCGGAUGCUUUAGUAGAAAAGGAA